GGAAGAUGGGGUCAAAGUCUGGGACACCCUCGACAAUCUUCCUGGACUAUUUUUUUCCUUGUGGCAAGAAGUCAAGAAUUCCUGCAACCACAGAGGAUCAGCUUCAACCAAGGCUUCCAAUGUGGUGAUAAUCUCCAUCUGAAAAAGAAGGCCAAGAUAGGAGUUUGGGGGUGGCAAACUGCAGCAAGGAUCUGUCACAUUACACUUCAGAAGACUCUACUACAACACCUGGACACAGAGGCAGAAAAAGGACUUCCCAGUUAAUAAACUUUGGAGGGACAUUUCUGUUCAUUGUUGCACAGUGUAACCAAACAGGAGAAGAGCAGUCUGUCCCACUGGAAGGGGGAAGAGAACCUCAUACCUCUGUGCCUGUCUAACUGGAUCCCUUUGAUAUACUGAUCUGUUUGAUCCUUAAGCCAGCACAAUGAGUGCAGAAGCUGGGAAGGACUACUACGACUACUCGGAUUGGUAUGAAAACGCUCUACCUACCAAGCCUCCUGUUGAAAUUAUCCCACCAUGUGACCCCACAGCUGAUGACGGCCUCUACCACAUAUGCAUCGCAGCCAUAUCUUUGGUAGUCAUGCUGAUCCUGGCAGUUCUGGCAAGACGACAGAAAGUUUGGGAUGGUCUGAAAGGAGUUCCAGGUUUACUCAGCCCCGUAAAUUUCCUCGAUCAUACGCAGCACAAAGGUCUGUCAGUGGCUGUGUUUGGGGUGCUUUUCUGCAAGAUUUUUGGACUGGCCCUAGCACCCAACCCACUCCCUUUUACUAAGGACACCCAAUAUAAAGAAUACUGGUUAAUCCUGGCACUGUUCUACUACCCUGCUUUGUACUAUCCUUUGUUGGCCUGUGGCACACUCCACAACAAGGUGGGCUACGUGCUGGGCAGCCUGUUGUCAUGGACACAUUUUGGAGUCCUUGUCUGGCAGAAAGUGGAUUGCCCCAAAACACCACAGAUAUAUAAAUACCAUGCCCUGUUCAGCAGCCUGCCUCAGAUUGCCUGCUUGGCAUUUCUCAGUUUCCAGUAUCCUCUACUCCUGUUCAAGGGCUUAAAGGGCACAGAGAAAAGCAAUGCCUCUGAGGACCUAAAGAGCAGCUACUACAGAGACUAUGUAAAGAAGAUUCUCAAAAAGAAGAAGGCUUCCAAAGCAAGUGCAAGCAGUUCUAGGCCCAAGCUGUCUGAACGAAUCUCUGAUGCAUUCAAGUCUUACAUAUACACACCUGAAGAAGUUUUCAGGUUCCCACUUAAAUUAGCCGUUUCUCUGGUUGUGGCAUUCAUUGCACUUUAUCAGAUGGCGCUCUUGCUGUUCACUGGAGUGGUGCCCACACUCCAGAUUGUCCGGAGAGGAGUGGAUGAAGAUAUCGCGUUUCUCCUGGCCGGCUUCAACAUUAUUCUGUCAGACGACCGUAAAGAGGUGGUCAAGAUAGUGGUGCACUACAUGUGGUGUGUUGAGGUGUGCUACGUCUCAGCAGUGACCCUGUGCUGCUUGGUCAAUCUGGCUAUGUUUAUGAGCUCCAUGAUCCUGCACAGGUCCAAUCUUAGGGGGCUGUACCGAGGGGACAUCUACAACGUGUAUAACUGCCAGAGAAGUAUAAGACCUUCACGUCCUGCCCUGGUCUGCUGGAUGGGCUACACAAGCUACCAAGCUGCUUUCAUUUGUCUAGGUAUGAUCAUUCAGACUCUGGUGUUCUUCAUCUGCCUUCUGUUCUUUGUGUUCCUCAUCAUCAUUCCUAUCUUUUAUGGAAAGAACCUGAUGCUCUUCCAUGUCAUUGGCAGAAUGUGGCCCUUCUGGUUAAUGCUGUUCUUGGCUGUUCUUAUGCAGCACCUUACAUCCAGGUUCUUGUUUAUUAAAAAGGAAGCUGGAACAAGAGACCUUACUAACAGGGGUAGUCUAUUCCUUCUGACCUACCUGCUCUUCCCUGUCAAUGUCCUGGUGGGUAUGCUGCUGGGUAUUUGGAGGUUGGUGAUUACAGCUCUCUUCAACAUUAUUCACUUUGGCCGUAUAGACAUCAGCCUCCUCAACCGCAGUGUGGAGGCUUUUGACCCAGGCUAUCGUUGCUAUGCUCAUUACCUGAAGAUUGAAGUCAGCCAGUCUCACCCGGUGAUGAAGGCCUUCUGCGGGUUACUGCUGCAGUCUCCAGGCCAGGACAAAGGCUCUGGACAGGCGGCGCGGGAUGCUGAAGAAGGAAUCCAACUGGUCUCACAGGACAAGAAACAGAACAAGGUGUCCAAUGGGAAGCGGGCACGUGGACACUGGCAUCUCCUCUAUACGCUGGUCAAUAACCCGUCCUUGGUGGGAUCCAGGAAGCACUUUCAGCGACAGAGCUCUGAGAGCUUCAUCAACGGGACCCUCAACCGGAGCUCCAAAGAAGAGAGCAAAAAUGAGGGUAACACCACAGAGGCCAGCAAAGAGGCAGAAGGAGCUGCUUCUAACUAAAGACUGAAACCGAUAACACAGAGAGAGAGAGAGAGAGAGAAAGAGAGACCCCAUCCACCCUCCCCCAACCACCAGGCUCUUAAUACAUUACAUUGGUUAUCAGCCAGAUUAUGAUAGUAUUACUUGUCUCUGUGUAGGACUGCAUUUGUCUUGAAAAAGUGCACUUAUAGCUUAGAGCCUCAGGAAGAACUGCAGACUGUCUUUGCCUGGAUGGAUGGAUGGAUUAAUGCCCCACUUCCUUUGUGUAUUUGAUUUUUUUUUUUUUUUUAAUCUCUUGGAUUGGUUUGUUUUUCAGGAAGUGUAGUCUGGCACUGAACUCCCGUCUGUGGUGGCUAGAAUGUUUGACUAUUUAUGAUUGUACAGAAUGUUUUUUUUUCUAAAAAUGAUCAUUAUUAAUUUCCAUCAGUUCUCAUUUAUUAGAAUGAUAUUUCAUACUUGAUGAAAAGAUCAAACCAUUGACUAUGUUCAUUCUGAGCUGAUCUGUAUAUGUGGACUAAGCUUAUCCUUCUGCUGUUGUUUUGUUAGGUUUCCAUUUGAAACUAAAAAUCUCACUUCUCAAAAUAACACCACAGGAAAGGUCUGGAGGGGUCAUUUUCAUCAUUUCCUGUGUGACAUCCUGUUUUACUUAGUUUCAGAAGUGCCUCCUAACACACACACUCACAUUUUCUAAGCCGCUUCCUAACACUUAAAAUGUUAAAUAUAUAAUAUGAUAAAGUGAUAAAAUGAUUGAAUAAAUCUAUUUGUGAUUUAAACGAAACUAACAAAAUAUGUAUAAAUAAAAGCAAUGAAAUCGUG